AUGGUGAAUAACAAGCCUCCACUAUUCUGUGGUGAAUACUUUGACUUCUGGAAAAUUCGGAUGAAGGCUCAUUUAGAAGCACAAGGAGAAGAAAUAUGGGAUGCUGUCCAAAAUGGUCCUUUUGUUCCUACAACGGUUGUUAACGGCGUCGGUUCAUCAAAGCCUAAAACUUCAUGGGAUGAUGAUGAUAAGAAGAAGGUCCUCUAUGAUAAAAAGGCAAUAAAUCUUCUUCAAAAUGCACUCAGCAUGGAUGAAUUCUUUCGCAUUUCGGCAUGCACAACGGUAAAACAAAUAUGGGAUACCUUGGUAGAAACGCAUGAAGGAACUGCCGAAGUUAAAAGAUCAAGAUUAAAUACCUUGAGUCAAGAAUACGAGUUGUUCAGAAUGCAGCCUGGAGAAUCCAUCCUUGACUUGCAGAAAAGAUUUGUGCAUUUGACAAAUCAUCUAAAAGCUCUAGGUAAGACUUUAAGUAAUGAUGAAUUGAAUCUUAAAGUGCUUAGAUCUUUAACCAGGGAAUGGCAACCAAAAGUGACGGCGAUAUCAGAAAAGAAAAGUCUAUUCACAAUGACUUCCGCUACAUUGUUUGGAAAACUUCAAGAAUAUGAGACGGAACUUGGAAGACUUGAAAAACAUGAGAAUCAAGAUGAGAAGUCCAAAAGCAUCGCUCGGAAAGUUGACUCCAAAGAUGUUGAGAAAGAAGACAAUCCGGAGGAGGAUGAAAACUUCUUGUUACUUGUUAAAAGGCUAGGCAAAUUUUUCGGUAAGAAUGAGAAACCUUCCUUCUAUGCGAAAAGAAAGAAACACUUCAAGAAAAGAGAAGCUUCCACUUUAAUGCAAGAGGUAACAUGUUAUGAAUGUGGUAAGCAAGGCCACAUAAAACCAGAUUGUCCACAACUACCUAAGAAAAGUGGAUUCAAAAGCAAGAAGGAGAACAAGUACAAAAAGGCUUAUGUCGCAUGGGAAGAUAACGAAAUAAGCUCGUCAUCCGACUCGGAUAGUGAUGAAAGUGCAAACAUAGCAUUAAUGGCCUCACACCAUUCCGACGAUGAAGUAAAUGAGGUUAGUAAUGAUUUCUCGCUUUUUGAUAAUGAUGUGCAAGGUGCCAUAGAUGAAUUAUUAAAUGAAUGCAAAAUUUUGUAUAAAAUUAUAUCAUCUCAAAAGAAACAAAUCUCAGUUUUGGAAGAGAAAAUUGAGAAAAUGGAAAAAGGUUUUGAAGUUGAAAAAGAAAAGAUGAUUAGUGAUCAAAAACAAAAUUUUGUAUGCAAUAAAUGUGAGUCACUUUCUUUUCAAAUUGUCCAACUAAAAAGAGUUCUUGAAAGAUACGAAAAAGGACAAAUUGGAUUGGAGGGUAUACUUAGCCAACAAAGAUAUUCAAAUGAUAAAAGUGGGCUUGGUUACUCAAAGUUUUCAAAACCAAGCUCAAACAAGACAAUCUUUGUUAAGGCAAGUGACCAACCAAUCCAAGAGAAAGUGAACAAACCUAAAAUAAUUCAUCAUUAUCCUAAAAAGAAAAACCUUGUUAAGAAGAAGUCUUGUCCUUCUAGGUAUAGAAGUAAUUUUGAACCAACAUGCUUUUAUUGUGGUAUUAAAGGCCAUACACCUAAUGCUUGCUAUAUUAGAAACUUUAGUGUUGCUAAUGGGCAUUACGUAUGGGCUUGCUUGGAAUCCACAUCAAACUUAUGGUAUCUCGAUAGUGGGUGUUCCAAGCAUAUGACGGGAAACAUCAAUAAAUUUUCAAAUCUAAAUCUUAAAGCCAAGGGUUUUGUUACAUAUGGAGAUAACAACAAAGGAAAGAUUCCUGGCAAAGGCAUUGUUGGUGCACCACCUUUCACAUCCAUUAAAGAUGUUCUUUAUGUCAAAGGACUAAAGCACAAUCUCCUUAGUAUUAGCCAACUAUGUGACAAGGGCUUCAAGAUCAAGUUCACUAAAGAUGAGUGCUUGAUAGAAGACGAAGUCACACAUGAGGUUAAACUAAAAGUGACUACGGAGUAA